GAUUUUUCAGAAAACUUUAUUGUGGUCGAACAUUGUACGAAAAAUAACAGGAACACGUCGAAAGUGUACCCUAAAGCCGUUUCGUAUAUUAAUCUGAUAAGGAUUGCCACGAUACGCAUGGAACAUACUUUAGCAUGCGAUUGAUGGGCAUAAUCUUUGGUUGAGUGAGUAACAUAAGUGUACAAAGUUGGAACCUCCAACACUGAAAUGCCACGUAAUGUUACCGGCGAUUGAUAAAUUUUCAAUAAAGUUUAAGCAAACAAGUACAAGGCAGCAGUGAAAUCACUGGCUAAGUUGGUGCUAAACGAGGUAAUGGAGAAAAUACACGAUUGUGGAUACAGUAAAGAUCAAUAAUAAUCCACCGACGUAAAGCGAACGUACAUUUCUAAACAAUGAUAAUCCAUCGACCGGUCGGUGGCCUCUGGAUCAGCAUAUUGGCCGUACUGUCCACCCUUCAAACAUCGGUCGGAAGCGCCUUUAAUGUGAUUUAUGCAAUCAAUGCUGGUGGCGAUGCACAUACAGAUUCGCAUGGAAUAUACUACCUGGGUGACCCGUUAAAGGGCAAGAUAGGCACCGAAUCGGACUAUGGCCGGCAGCUGCUAGCGAUCAAUCGAGUUAGCAAGCAUGAUGAGAUUCUGUAUCAAACGGAACGCUAUCAUCACGAUACGUUCGGUUACGAGUUGCCAGUAUCGGGUGAUGGUCAGUACGUACUGAUAUUGAAGUUUUGCGAAGUGUACUUCAACGCCCCAAACAUGAAAGUUUUCGAUGUGCUGCUCGAUCGGCACACGAUCGUAUCGGACUUAGAUAUAUACGCUUUAGUAGGUAAAGGCACUGCGCACGAUGAGUACAUAUACUUUACCAUCUCGCGAGGACGGCUGUAUGUUAAGGACAAAAAUUCGGAAAUUCGUGGCAGUAAAUUAAAGCUAGAGUUCCUAAAGGGAUUCAAAGAUAACCCGAAAAUUAAUGCAAUUUUGCUCAUCAAGGACUACAAUGAGGCCGUUCUGCCCCGUUUGCCGCCGCUGAUUAACGACCAUAAUACCGGUGCUAGCGGGAUAGACACUAUCGGCGAACAGUACCAUUCACAUUCAUAUCCCGCAGCCGAUGAUGAUGGCCCGAUCGUCGAUGGUGCGGAUGAUAAUAUCAUGGACGAUUUUCUGAGCGCAUCCUCGGACGAGUCGACGAAAUCGUCGUCCAAAAUGCGUAAAACUAGCGGCCCAAAACAACCGAACCCGUACUCGUUGGACGAUUCCUCAAUAAUGCUGCCUGUGUUCAUUGCAAUCGGAGCAUUCAUACCGUUGUUAUUUUGUCUUUGUAGGCUGUGAUUUGUUAUGUUUUAAAUUAGCUGGCUAGGUUAGGAUAGCCCCGUUUGAAAAUCGUAUUAUUUCCUCUGCGUUUGAUACGUUAACUUGGUACUUAAAGGAAACACAAUUAUUGACAUAAUGCAGGGUUAAACUGGUCAAAUUAAGUCAGUGAAAAACUUGCUUCGCAAAAUGUUACGAAAACAUUCUUUUCAGUAAAAUAUAACGGCACAGUUGGUUAGAGGUGGGGCGGGUAAAUAAUGGUUACGGAUUAUAUAAGGUGCAAACAAUUCUUUACCGCUAUUACAGCACAGCAAUUUGGAGAUAUUUCGAAUUUUACAAAUUUUUCUAUACCAUGUACCACCAGACAGCACUUGCCAAUAGUGAGUUUAUAAUUGCCUAUGUUAUAGUUUUUGUUUUUGCCAACAAUAAGCACAAAUUACACGGAAUGGUAUCACAAAAUAGAUUAAAAUAAAACUUAAAAGACAUUUUAAGCAAACAUUGAAAAUACGCGUGUACACGGCGUUUCUUGAGGUUUAUGUUACCGUACGUGAACAAGAUAUCUUGAGGUGGUUAGCAGCUGACGAAUAAAC